ACACACACAUACAGAGAGACCGGAGAAGCAAAAAGGGAGAAUAAAGGGCAAAAAAAUCUCCCUUUAGAAAAUAUCUUUGAUUUUCAAUCUGUGAGAAAGAAAGAGAGAUCGGACAUGGCUUCAUCCAAAGAACGUGAGAACUUUGUAUACGUUGCUAAGCUUGCUGAGCAAGCCGAACGCUAUGAUGAAAUGGUUGAGGCCAUGAACAAGGUAGCAAAUCUAGAUGUUGAGUUGACUGUCGAGGAAAGGAAUCUUCUUUCUGUUGGUUAUAAGAAUGUGGUAGGUUCUAGGAGAGCAUCUUGGAGGAUCUUGUCCUCUAUUGAGCAGAAAGAAGAAUCUAGGGGAAAUGAGGUAAAUGCCAAGCGAAUCAAGGAGUACCGGCAAAAGGUGGAGUCGGAGCUCACCAACAUUUGCAAUGACAUUAUGGUGGUCAUCGAUCAGCAUCUGAUUCCUUCUUGUACUGCAGGCGAAUCAACUGUGUUUUACCACAAGAUGAAGGGGGACUAUUAUCGUUAUCUUGCAGAAUUUAAAGCUGGCAAUGACAAAAAAGAGGUUGCUGAGCUUUCGUUGAAAGCAUAUCAGUCAGCUACAACUGCUGCAGAGGCGGAAUUACCACCCACUCAUCCCAUUCGAUUGGGAUUGGCUUUGAAUUUCUCUGUUUUCUACUAUGAGAUCAUGAAUUCACCUGAAAGGGCAUGCCAUCUGGCAAAGCAGGCCUUUGAUGAAGCAAUAUCUGAGCUGGAUAGCCUGAAUGAGGAUUCUUACAAAGACAGCACCUUGAUUAUGCAGCUUCUAAGGGACAAUCUCACCUUGUGGACUUCUGAUCUUCCAGAGGAUGCAGAAGAUGCCCAAAAGGGAGAUGCCACAAACAAAGCAGGUGGAGGUGGAGAUGCAGAGGUAGGUUCUUUAAAUAUGGUGCUUUGGCUGAGUAAAUUUUCGAUUUUUCUAGGUAGUAAUUUAAUUACCUAGUCAUUCCAAACCAUAAUAUUUUGUUGUGUU